AUGAUGAGUGGCACUGGAAACGUUUCCUCGCUGGUUCACAGCUACAACAACAACACACAGCACAACGAUGGGGCCCAAGACCUGGAUCUGUUAGAGUCAGAGCUGUUGGAUAUCGCACUGCUAAAUCCUGGGUCGUCUCUGCAAGAUCCUGCCCUACUGUCCAUCAAUCCGGACGAAAUGACUGCUGCUCACACCCCUGUACCGAUAAAGGAAGUAGAUCGGGAACUAAGGGAUGACGUCCCUUCCUUGCAGGGCUUACUCGAUCGGCACAUCCAGUUUGGUAGAAGACUACCGCUGAGGACGCCAUACGCCAACCCGCUGGAUUUCAUCAAUAUUAAUCCACAGUCGCUGCCAUUGGCAUUGGAAAUCAUCGGGUUGCCCAAGGUCUCUAGAGUGGAGACCCAAAUGAAGCUGGGGUUUCGCAUCAGAAAUGCACAUGAAAGAAAGAACUACUUUAUUCAUCUACCCUCCGAUUGUAUUGCAAAGGACAAGUUUUUUAUCCACUCGGACGAUCCGACCAAUUUGACCAUACCCAACAAGGACAUCAACGAAAGGACCCUCUUCUUGGACGCUUUCCUCUUGUCUGCAUCCAACAGCAGUAACAACAACUUCAAACAGACCUAUGUUUGCAACAGAUGCAUCAACAGAGAAAAAAGAAGAGCUUCGAGAAGAAAGUCCGGGUUGAAUGACAAUUCCAUCUGGCAAAGUAACGAAAAUAAAAGAGCAAUCAUAUUCAACAGUAAACAGAUAUUCAUCAUCAAUAAUAACGGCUCGAGCGAUGACGCCAGUGCCGUUGAUUUCGAUUUACCAACCCGAAUCGUCUGCUAUUGCAGGCACCAUAAGGCCACUAACGGAUUUGUGAUUUUGUUCCUCUUGAAAGAUCAUAAUGGCGAUAUCAUGGCCAAGACCAUAACUGAGCCCAUUAUGAUCAUGGACAAAAAGAAUGCCGGCAACGUCACUACCCCAAUAAGCACCAGCAAUGCUCAAAUAUCGCCCAUGACAAACGACAAUAGGUCGUUUUCAUCUCCCCAAAGCGACGUAAAUUUCCCACCAGAUUUCCCCAUUCCUUCGAAUAAUAAGGAAUUUAUCAUUUCCACAAAUUGCAUGCUUAAUAAUAACAAUAAUAUUAAUACCAAUACCUCAACGACCAACAAUAACAGACAUUUCCCAUCUCCAAAGUCUUCUAGUGAAGACAGCAACCAUUCAUUUUCAGAUAUUCAUUUUUCAAACAACAAAGACUCCAAUUUUCACCGUUCAUUGGAUUCCUGGUCUUCCGCAGGCUUCAAUAACUCGUCAAAUCCCGCGCUUACCACGCUCACCAGUGAUUUCAGUACCACUUCCACAAGAAAUACAGGCAAGAGACAGCAUUCAAUAAAGGAACCCUUUUCGUCCGCUCCAAACUCAUUUGCACGUCUUUCUCAAAAUUUUACCGAUUCAUCUACUCACAUUUCGAACCACGGCACUAUUCCCAUGGGCCUCAAUAACAACCCCUCCAUUCAACGUGUCAUCCCCGCACAAGGGUCUAUUAAUGGAGGUAUUGAGGUUACUCUACUAGGUUCGAAGUUCAAGCAAGGCCUAAUCAUCAAAUUUGGCGAAAACAUAGCACUUUCUAGCCAAUGCUGGAACGAAUCUACAAUGGUAACUUACUUACCACCAUCGUCGAAACCGGGACCUGUAUUGGUAACUAUCCUCGACCCGAGUGAAGCAUCCAUGAGAAACAAUAGCAACAGUAGUAUUUCUACUUGUAAUAGCGGCAACGAUAUAUUACAAUCGAAUAAAUACACCGGCGGUAAAGCUAUUUUCACUUAUGUUGAUGACACUGACAGACAACUAAUUGAAUUGGCUUUGCAGAUCGUUGGAUUGAAAAUGAACGGUAAACUAGAAGAUGCAAGAAGUAUUGCUAAAAGAAUUGUCGGUAGUGAUUCGCCGUCAUCCAGCAAUGACACAAGAUCUGAUGCUCAAAAUAUUUCGCCAAAUUCGUACUCGAGUAUGAUGGUGGACAUCAAUGAUGAACAACUGAUCAUUGAAGUUAUUAAGUCCUUCAAACAAAAUAACAACAUUUCCAUUAAUCUUUCCAUGUGUGAUGUUAGAGGUAGAACUUUACUACAUUUAGCGGCAUUUAAUAACUACUAUAGCCUUGUCUCAUUAUUGGUCAAAUAUGGUUCGCGCUUAAAUGAUCAAGAUAUUUUUGGUUUUACUCCGUUACAUAUGGCUUGUAUUAAUGGGGAUUUGAGAAUUGUAAGACUACUAUUGGAAUGUAACGUGGAUAUCAUGAAGAAAACAAAAAACGGCUUUAUUGCCAAACAAUUCUUUUUGAUGAAUUACACUGUCAAUAAAGUAAAAUACUCUGAUUAUGAAACUAGUUUGUUUGACAGUAUCUUAACCAGAUUGACCCCGAAUACCACAACGAACUCUAAAAAUGAACCAUUCGAAAGGAAUUCAUCUCAGUCUAGUUUCAAUUCUAGUUUAUUUGAUGAUGAUGCUGAUAGUCAUGCUCAACAAAAAAGGGAGCAUCCACCAGUCAACUCUGCUGUUUCCAUUUCUCAUCUAUCCGGUUUCAAUAAUGAUGCGUCAUUUGCAGACAUGGAUUUAGAUUCGGGAUAUGACGUAAGUGACUGCGAAUCCUCUUCAGAUGAAAUUGCCCUAGAGUUUUUCAAUACCCAUAAAAUCAAGGACGCCUCAUUCAAACAAAAUCAACAACGACAAACCACGGAAACUAACACAGAAAACGACGGGUCUUUAUGGAACAGGAUGCUGACUCGUCUAAAUGACGAACUACCCAAGUAUGAAGAUCUCUUCCCUAAAAAAUCCAAAAAUUGGGAACUUGGUAGUAAGUCUGUCGAAAUCGGGCUACACGACAACACCAUUCAAGAGAGCAUGGAUGAUUCCCAAACCUCUUCUGAAGAAGAUGAGUUGGAAGCUUUACAAAUUGGAUUUAAUUCAAUCUUCUCCAAGAAGCAAAAUUUCCAGAAUGAUAAAAUGCUGCUAUUUUUUUGGAUCCCAUUGACUUUGGUAUUAUUAUUAUGUUUUACACUGUCAAACUUAGGGAAAGAUGACGACAUGUUCCACAACCUGUCUAAAGUCGUCCAGGAAUACUUGAGAAUCGGAUUAGCAAACAUUUUAUUAGGCAAUGAAAGAAUGAAAGCCUCUUUCAAAAUGAAAUUAUCGAACUUUCAAAACAAUAACAUUCUAAAUGACAUGCGAGCCAGUUGA